AUGGAUAGCGGAGUGUUUCUAUCCCACCUUAGUCAGUUUAUGAUGAGCCCACUUGUCACUUGGGUUAAGACAUUUAUGCCUGAGGAUCAAACUAUGCUCUUUGAUUUCUCCUUUCUGUUGGAUGGAGUGUUUCUUAAUGACAUCAUGAGUCAAAUAAGCGCUUCAAUGACACCUCAAGAGCUGACUAAAGUGAACAGGAUCCAUAACUUAAGUCUCGUUGUUCAGCAGAUAAAGACAUAUUACCAGGAUCAUCUUAAGCAGUUAAUCAUGACCCCUCUGCCAAAUGUAUUGCUGCUUUAUAAGACUCCAUAUUGUGAGCAAGCUCUGGAAGAAAUGAAAAAGCUUUUGCUUCUCCUAUUAGGGUGUGCUGUCCAGUGUGAACACAAAGAGGACUAUAUUGAAAGGAUCCAAACACUUGAGUUCGACACAAAAGCAGCUAUUGCCACUCACAUCCAAGAGUUGACUCACAGCCAGGAGAAUGUUUUGGAUCUGCACUGGCUACAGGUCAGAGAGGGACAACCAGAUGAACUUGAGGUUAUAGCCCAGAGGAUGGCCUUACACAUCCGCAGCCUCUUGGAUCAAAGAGACACCUAUUUGGAGACAAUCUCCGAACUAUUGCAAGAUUGGGACAGUAACGGUCCACAGUCCACUAUCGCGCAGCAGAAGAGAGGUGCUCAGCAGCACUUGUCAGUGGAGCUGGCAGACUCCAAAGCCAAGAUCAGAAGACUCAAACAUGAGCUAGAAGAAAAAAGUGAGCAGAUGAUGGACUGCAGACAUGAACUUGAGAACAUGGUGACUGAGUUGAAGAGAAUCCAGCAGGAGAACUCCCUCCUGAUUGUCGAUGCCCGUACAGCUCGGACGUACCGUGAUGAACUCGACUCCAUGAGAGAGCGAGCCAUAAGAGCAGACAAGCUUGAAAGUGAAGUUAGUCGUUAUAGGGAGCAACUGCACAAGAUGGACUUUUACAAGGCUAAAGUGGAGGAGCUCAAAGAUGACAACAGGGUGUUACAAGAGACCAAAGAGGUCUUGGAAGACCAGCUGGAGGGUUUGAGGUCACGCUCUGAUACGAUCCAUCAACUUGAGAAGCAGUGUUUGCUGUUGAAAGCUCAGGUUCAUGACUUGGAGCAGGAUAAACAGUUUGAUCAAAAACGUAUCGAAGACCUGCAGGAAGAGAACCUUGGUCUGUACAUGGCCCAGAGGAGGAGUAUGGAGGAGUCGCAACACCUGGGUUGGGAGUUGGAACAACUCUCUAAGACCACAGAGAACUGCCAGGGUUCAUUAAGUCUGGGUGAGGAAGUGAGUGAAAAUGCCCAUAGCCGGAUGCUAAAACUCGAGAAAGAGAACCAAAGUCUGUUGAGAACCAUUGAAGAACUGAAAGAGUGCAUUCACAUGUCUGGCUCUAAGAACUCAAGCCUGAGCCACGCCAGCAUCUCCACAGCUCCAACUCACUCCUCCUUUGCCAAAAAGCACACUCAGCGACUCGAGGCCAAAUGCAGGAAUUUGGACAUACUCAACCAGCAUCUACAGACUGCAUUAGACAACACUGAUCGCAAAGUUCAGCGUCUAGAGGCAGAGGUUGAAGAACUGGAGACAGAAAAUCAAACUUUGCAAGCAACUUUGGAAGAACUACGCUUAUCUUUACGAAGACUCGAUCAGCUCGAAACAGAGAAGUCUAAUCUUGAGCAAGAAAAUACUGUUCUUGAGAGAGAACGAAGACAACUCGAAAAAGACAACAGACGACUACGACAACAGGUUGAAAUCCAAGACGCUAAUUUAGACCGCAGUAACGUUUGUAUAGCCAGUCUAGAAAAGGAAACACGUUAUCUUGUCAAGGAGGUGGAGAAUUUAAAGGAGACUGCAGAUAGAGUGAAAUCCACAGAGAAAGACAACAGAGAACUGAGCAAGCAAAACGCCAUUGACCAGAGAACUCUGGCGACUCUCCGAGAGGAACUGGUCAGUGAGAAGCUCAGGAAUCAGCAAAAGGACACUGAUUUGGAAAAGUUGACCCAUAUGCUGGAGAUGAAAGAUUUGCCAAAGGAACAAUCUGACACAAAUAGGAUUAAUAUCCUCGAGUCUGAGUUUGGGGAAUCUCUAAAGAAGUCUAUUCAGAUUAAAGAAGAAAAGAUAGAAGCUCUGGAAGCUCGAUUACAGGAAUCGUCAACGCUUAAUCUGCAGCUCCGCCAGGAACUCAAAACUGUAAAGCUAAGCUAUGAGGCUUUGCAACAGAGGCUGGAUGAAGAGUCCACACUGAGCUCCUCACCCCCAAAGGAAACAGGCAAAGCAAUGAACGAAUGGCUCCGUGAAAGUCAUGAGGCAACAAAGGAGCUACUCAAACUUAAGGACCGACUGAUAAACGUGGAGAGGAAUAAUGCGACUCUGGAAGCCGAGCGCCAGGGUAUGCACGCUCAUGUGAAGCAGCUGGACAGUCAGACGAACAGUCAGCAAGCACAAAUCCUCGCUCUUCAAAGACAAGCUGCAGUCUUACAAGAGAACAACACGUCUCUACAAACACACAAUGCUAAUCUGCAGGUGGAGCAGUCUACCUUGACCUCCCAGCGUGCCUCUGUGCUGGCCCAGAAUGCUCAACUGCAACAACAGCAGACGCGGACAGAGAGCGAGCGCGACACCGCCGUACACGAACGCGAGGAACUGCGCUCAGUCCACGAGCAGCUGUUACGAGACCACGAGAGACUGGCGGCCCUGCACGAGAGACAGGCCAUGGAGUAUGAGGCUCUGAUGGGAAAGCAUAGAUGUGUGAAAAAGGCACACCGCACACUAGAACUGGAAACGCGCUCGCUGCAGGAUAGGUACCACGCAUUAGUACUGCAGCGGAGUAAACUGGAAGACCUUGAGAAAACCCUGAAGGAAGAACAAGUAAAGGUGGCAAUGGAAAAAGAACAGCUCAAAACAACAGCUGCUGAAUGCUGCAGGCUCCGAGAUGAGAAAGACUGGCUUAACCAAAACUACCGCCAACUUCUCAAUGACAAUGAGGUGCUAACUUGUGAUCAUAAAGAAGUGAAAAGUCAGCUGAAUGAGGCCAAACUUGAGAACACAUGGCUGCAAGCUGACUUCUCGAAACUAAAAAAGGAAUUUCAAGAACUAGACAUUUCCUCCACUAAACUGAGCAAUCAGUGUGAGUUACUGGGCCAGCUCAAAGGCAACUUGGAGGAAGAGAACCGACACCUUCUCAACCAGAUCGAGACACUUAUGUUGCAAAACAGAACCUUGUUGGAGCAGACCAUGGAAAACAAAGACCUGUUUCAUGUUGAGGAGAGACACUACAUUGAUAAGUUAAAUGAUCUAAGGAGGCAAAAAGAAAAGCUUGAGGAAAAAAUAAUGGACCAGUACAAAUUUUAUGAACCAUCACCUCCUCGAAGGCGUGGAAAUUGGAUAACUCUUAAACUGAAGAAACUCAUCAAAUCUAAUAGUCGUGAGAGUGGCUCUGAACAACCGCCUUCACCAACUCCUGGGACAGACCCCCAGCUGCUUUGUCAUAACAACAGCUCCUUCAUCGAGUAUGAUGCGGGGGCUUCACCUGCAGGUCGCAUGACGCCACCGCGCUACAGCAGCACCUCGCUCAAAAGGUUUUGCAUGAAGAAGAAACGUAAGGACAAAGACAAGUCGAUCUUUCGUCGUUCCAUGUCGUUGAGUAGUUUAGUGCACCCCUCGGCUGUGCUCAGAGAAGAGAGGUGGGCAGGCAGCACACGGAUGCUCGACAGGUCAGAUACAGAAAUAAACGCGGAGGACGCAAUGACAUCAUCUUUUACCACCUCCAUCAUGUCCAUCUUCAACCAUCAUCCAACCAAAACAGAAUCCUCUCAUCCGUCCAUUCACCACCCUGAGACUGCCCUUGAUGUGUGUGACCUAUGGGUAACAGAUAAGGAUUCAAAUGAUAGAGCUGUGCCAUCUGGAGUGGAAGAUAACGACGAGCUUCAAAACCAUGAUGCAAAUGAGACACAAAGCCGAGCCCAAAGUGAGAGCAGUGGAGAGUUCAGUAUUACCCGGGCCAGUGGCAGGAUGCUGAACGCCCCCGCAGCCGAUCGAAACAAGGAGCCCAUCCUGUCGGUCCUCCGGGAGAGCCUGCCCCCGGGGAAAGCUCUCCAAGCGCUGGAGAUCUCCUCCGGUACAGGGCAACACGUCACGCAUUUCGCCCAAGGUUUGCGGAAUAUAGUCUGGCAACCCUCGGAGUUUGACCAUCAAUCUUUGAGCAGCAUAGAAGCGUACAGAGCCCACUACAGGCUGGCUAAUGUGAAACCUGCCAUUUACUUGGAUGCCUCUUUGCCCCAUGAGCAGUGGGGGGACUUUCAGCCAGAGAGCCUGGACCUGGUGCUGAACAUCAACAUGAUCCACAUCUCUCCAAUGGCGUGUACAGAGGGCUUAUUUAAAGGAGCUGGAGCAUUGCUGAAGUCCCAAGGUCUUUUACUGACAUAUGGUCCAUAUGCAGUGAAUGGAAAGAUCACACCACAAAGCAAUGUUGACUUUGACCAGAGUUUACGGCAAAGAAAUUCUGAGUGGGGUCUGAGAGAUGUCGUGCUACUUCGAUCUAUAGCAGAAAGAGAUGGUUUAUUCCUUGAAAAAAUGGUUGAUAUGCCUGCAAACAACAAGUGUCUUCUGUUCAGAAAGGAGAGCGUAGUAUGA